AGGAGAAGUUGGAUUUGUUGGGGUGGAGUGGCGCCAGAAUGGGUACUUGGACGAGGCUGGUGAAUGGCUUGUCGCUGAUCGCCAAGGAGGCUGUGAAGCGUUCGGAAGUUCUGGACAACGCCAGAGCUGGAGAUUUGGAAACCCUAAUUUCAUCGGCGGUGAAGAAAGCCGUUGUCACAGCAACAGAUGCUUCCGGCCUUACAAAAGGGAAGGUUCGAGAGUUUUCUAUACCGGCCACCUCCUACGCUUCCGACGAGUCCGAUGUUGCUAUCACGACGCAACAGGUUUCUGAGAAUGCAAUCGAACUGGAACAAGUCUCUGUUCCGGAGAGAGUUCAAGAUUCCAAUGCUCAGCAGAGUGCCAGUGCUUCGGAGUCUGAGGAUUCGGGUGGGAAUGUAGAUGUGGUUGUGAAGAGGCGGAAGCCGAGGGAGAGGAGAGUUCCUUCAACGCCUUUUUCCCGGGCCCUCGGGUUUGCUGGAUUAGGGGUUGGUAUUGCAUGGGGAACGAUUCAGGAAUCUGCGAAGAGGAUCGUCUUUGGGACGCCUAAUUCUCAAGAUAAGCAAUCUGCUGUUUCCCCGUUCUUAUCCGAGAAAAAUGCAGAACGUUUGGCUCUUGGUCUGUGUAGAAUGCGUGGAGCGGCUCUUAAGUUAGGGCAGAUGUUGAGCAUACAGGACGAGACCCUUGUACCUGCUCCGAUUUUGGCUGCAUUGGAUGUAGUCCGUCAAGGAGCUGAUGUGAUGCCAAAGAAACAGCUCAGUCAAGUUUUGGAUGCUGAAUUGGGUCCUGAAUGGAAGUCAAAGUUAACCAGUUUUGAUUACGAACCACUGGCUUCUGCCAGUAUAGGCCAGGUGCACAAAGCUGUAACAAAAGAUGGUUUGGAGGUUGCGAUGAAAAUUCAGUACCCAGGUGUUGCAGAUAGCAUUGAAAGUGAUAUUGAAAAUGUCAAACUGCUUUUGGAUUAUACAAACCUAAUUCCAGAAGGACUUUAUCUUGAUAAAGCUAUGAAGGUGGCAAAGGAGGAAUUAUCUCGUGAAUGUGACUAUGAGCUGGAAGCUACAAAUCAAAAACGGUUUCGUGAUCUUCUAUCCAAUUCCAAAGGGUUUUAUGUUCCAAUGGUUAUAGAUGAUAUUUCAAGCAAAAGAGUUUUAACAACAGAACUUGUUUCUGGAAUUCCUAUUGACAAGGUGGCUUUACUAAAUCAGGGAACUCGUAAUUAUGUUGGGAAAAAGUUGCUGGAGCUAACUUUGACGGAGCUAUUUGUCUUUCGUUUCAUGCAGACAGAUCCUAAUUGGAGUAACUUCUUAUAUGAUGAUGCCACAAGAACAAUAAAUCUCAUAGACUUUGGAGCGGCUCGAGAUUACCCUAAAAGAUUUGUUGAUGACUAUUUAAGAAUGGUUUAUGCAUGCGCAAAUGGAGACAGAGAUGCAGUAAUUGAGAUGUCACAGAGACUUGGGUUCCUUUCAGGAAUGGAAUCAGAAAUAAUGAUAGAUGUUCAUGUUCAGGCUGGCUUUGUUGUGGGAUUGCCAUUCUCCAAGCCUGGUGGCUAUGAUUUCCGGUCCAGCAAUAUUACUCAAAGCAUCACAAAUCUUGGGGCAACAAUGUUGAGGCAUAGAUUGAGACCACCCCCUGAUGAGGUGUAUAGCCUUCAUAGGAAGCUUUCAGGCGCUUUCUUGGCUUGCAUCAAGCUUGGUGCCGUGGUACCAUGCAGGGAACUGUUACUUCAAGUAUAUGAGCAAUAUCAAUUUGGUGAAGAAGGUGGAGAAAUCUUGUCAAGCGCCUCAGUUUCAUGAUAACUAAUAUAAUUUUUUCCGUUUCAUUGAUUUUUUGCCCCGUCUGUAAUAAAUCAUGGGAUGCAGAUGAGCAUCCCAAGCAGCUGAGUAGAAUGCCCCUGCUACAUUAAUGGGGCGAUAGAGUCUGCGGUUACUUAGCUGAAAUUAAGUGCAAUCUCUUAUAUUUCAUGCCUUAAAAGGUUUUUAUCUGUGAGGAACGUUAUAGUUCAUGGUGUUAUACAUACACUAUGGCAACAAAUAUUCAUAUUUGAGUUUGUUCUCUCUGCAUUCUUUUAAAGAGAACACAGACAAGCACUUUUAAUUUUAUGAAAGUUCCUCGUUCCUCUUCCAGGAA